AUGCCACUCCCAAUGAGCGAUGAUGAAGUGGACCACGACACAUCAGCAUCUGACACUGAACAAGACUCAGGGCCAGAAUUGGAGUCCCGGGAUUCCACAGUCCAGGCCGAGGAACCCGGCGGCGGUAGGGCACGGGCCGGAAGAGGGCUUAUUGACUCUCGACAUGCACAACAGGGGGACGACAAUGCGGAGGAAAAACCUGCUUCCGCGGGAGACAGACCGUCGAAGCGAGCAGAAAAGAGACCACUCACCCGGGAAAACUUGCGAGCGGAGGAAAAGAAAAAGCUUAAAAAGAAGGACCAACGAACUCGCCAAAAGGACAAUAAACAAGUGACGAGCAAGCUAGCUUCGAACACCCUAGGGGUUUCGAACAAACCCAACACCAGACAUCGAAGAAAGAUUGUUGGUAGCUUGCCAGCAAGCAAGUGCAAGAGCGCAAGGGCUUACCAUGGCAUCAUUCUCCCUGCCUGGCCUGAUGAGCAGGCGAUUGGGUUACCGGCCGCCGACUGGCCCACCAACAAGUUGAACGACAUGCAGAACUUUGCAGUCAUUGCAAAGCUUCGCUUUGUCUCUCGAAGAAAUAUGCGCCACUGGGAGUGGGGGUAUUCGGGAAAGCAGUCUUCUCCCGUGGCUUACUUGCGGCAGGCAUUGGCAGGCAUUGGUACAGAUCCGGAUGGACCGGGAUGGCUCUUGCAUCUGAUCUAA